GCUCGUGACGUCAGUUUCUUUCGAAGGGGAAUGGGCUCCGCCGAGUCGACACGUGUACGGCGGGACCCGUAUGAAUGGGCCGCUCUCAGGAGAAGAAGGGCCGGCUGACACGGAAAGAAGACGGAUCGGGGGGUGGGCGGGGCCAAGUCUGCAGGAUCAGCACCAUGAGUGACAUCCGGCACUCACUGCUCCGCCGGGACGCCCUGAGCGCAGCCAAGGAGGUCCUCUACCACCUGGACAUCUACUUCAGCAGUCAGCUCCAGAGUGUCCCACUGCCCAUUGUGGACAAGGGCCCCAUCGAGCUCCUAGAGGAAUUUGUCUUCCAGGUCCCCAAAGAGCGCAGCGGCGGCGGCGGAGGAGGCAGCCAGACCAAAAGGCUGAAUUCGCUGCAGGAGCUGCAGCUGCUGGAGAUUAUGUGCAACUAUUUCCAGGAGCAGAGCAAGGACUCUGUCCGGCAGAUCAUCUUCUCCUCACUCUUCAGUCCACAAGGGAACAAGGCAGAUGAUAGCCGGAUGGCCCUCUUGGGCAAGUUAGUCUCCAUGGCGAUUGCCAUCUGCAGGGUGCCUGUCCUGGAGUGUGCGGCUUCGUGGCUGCAGCGGACGCCAGCUGUCUUCUGCGUCCGACUGGCCCAGGCCUUGGUGGAGGACUACUGCAGCCCUAUGCCGGGCUCCAUCCAGACCCUCAGGCAGAUCUUCAGUGCCAGUCCCCGCUUCUGCUGCCAAUUCAUAACAGCGGUCACCAUGCUCUUCGACAUGUCCUCAGACGACCUUGUGCCGCCUCCAGACCUGCUGGAGAUGGUAGUUUCAUGGAUCUUCGAGGACCCCCGCUUGAUCCUCAUCACCUUCCUGAACACCCCCAUUGCGACCGGCCUCCCCAUCGGGUUCCUGGAACUCACCCCACUUAGCGGCCUGAUCCGGUGGUGCGUGAAGGCCCCGCUGGCCUACAAGAAGAGGAAACCCUCACCUUCCAGCACCCUCCUCAAUGGGAAAGGGUCGGCCAAGGAGGCGCUCGAGGGCCCCGAGAAGCGGGACAGCCAGGCCUUGUACUCCAAGCUGCACCUCAGCGUCCUGCAAGUGCUGAUGAUGUUGCAGGGACACUUGUCUGAGAAGAACCUCUAUGGGCUCCUGGGGCUGGUGCCCUUGGACCACGUGGUGUCAUUGGUGGAGGAUAUUGGCCACCUGGCAGAUGAACUCAACCCCCUCAAUGCCUCCAAGGAAACUGAGCUGGCCCUUGAUCGGUUGGCCCAGGCCUUGCAGGUGGCCAUGGCCUCCGGAGCCUUGCUCUGGACUAGAGAGGAUCUGAGGACGGUGUGUUCCAGACUGCCACACAACAACCUCCUGCAGCUGGUCAUUUCAGGUCCAGUCCAGCAACCGGCGCACACCUCUCUGCCGCCCGGCUUUUACCCCUCCAUCCACACCCCUCCGCUGGGAUAUCCCGCCCACGCUGCCCUUCCGGCCCAUCCAGUCCAGACGUUUAUACCCGGCAUGGCCUUCCCCUACCGGCCAGUCCGCUGAGCAGACUCAACAUCUUUUGGCCGUUCCUAUUCUCCAUCAAAGGGUUGUCUUAUGGGACGGAAGAAGGGCUCUCCAUCUUUUUAAAGGUGCUGCCUGACUUCAAGAAGAAGAGAUUUCUUCCCCGGUAAAAGAGGAUGUCAGCCACUGGAAGCGGGACCAUUUUUUAAAGACCAUUUGGCCACUUUGGAUGUUGCAAGUGUGCCAUUGUUUGUUUUUUGAGGGACAGGUUGUUUAUAACAAUAUGUAUAUACACUUCCAAUGCUUUUGAGAGUAGCCCUUGGCGGCUUUUCUGUACAAGCGGCAAAGUGAGUGGGUGACCAAUGGCCCACUGUGUUGUUUAGUAAACCUACAUUUUGUUAGGGAA